AUGGCCUUCUGGGUGGUAGGCGGGGGAAAUCCGCUUGGUGACGCUGCCGCCUCGUCCACCGCUGGCCAGGUGGCUUACAUCAAGCGCGGCAGCUACUCUAACGGCUCUGAGGCUCUCGGUUCCAAUGGCAAGCGAAGGGGCUACGAGUAUGCAGACGGAACCGCGUCUGCCUGCAGCAAUGCGGGUUGUUACGGCAUCACCAAGAGGCCUCGACUGGACGACUGGGGCCGCGUCAUCGGCUACCAUGGCAAGGGCCAUCACGCCGCCGGCUGCGAGCACAAGUAUUCCGGCGAUGCUGCCAUGCCCGAUGCUUCCUCAAUACACGUCAAGAACCUCGCCUUUCUCGUGAUCCGGGAGCAUGAGCCGUCUCCGCCCCCGACGCCGCCCCCACAGUCGGACCACCGAGCCGGAUUCCCUCCGCCGCUGCCGCAUCACGGCCCGUCCUUUAUGUCUAUGUCUGCCCCUAUGGAACGUACCCAGUCUGGCCUGUCCAUCUCAUCGGACACGUCUGCUGUCGACCCCCCCUGUGACCAAGAAGGUGACUGUGACCAUCACGAUCACCCACCGCUACUGAGCGACCUUGCUGCUGCCCGGUUGGUGCGGCGCCAUGUUGCCAACAUUCGCCGGUGGAAGCAUCGCGACUCACAACACGGCCGCAUUCUCAAGGCCCUCAUCAACCCAAAGUCUAGGGAGGCCGACUUCCCCUUAGACAACGACGCCCUCCGGAGCAUCUUCUCGGCGGCCAACGAACUCUUCUUCGCCAAUAAGUUGACGCAAAGGGUCACCUGGGACUGGAGCCACCCUGCCUGCGCACAAUACGAGAGCCACAUCGUUGGCACUACAGCUUUACGCCGCAGCGCUCGUCUGGGCGGCUAUGAAACACUCAUUGUGCUCUCGUCGCCGAUUCUUAAAGACACUAAAUACAACCGCCGGCUCCUCAUCUCCACCUUCUUACACGAGAUGAUUCACAGCUUUCUAUUCAUCGUUUGUGGCAUCACAGCACGACACCAAGGCGGUCAUACAGAGGGCUUCCGUCAGAUUGCCGAGAUCAUCGAUGAAUGGGUUGGGAAAGAACAUCUCCGGUUGCGUGACAUGGAGGCCGACCUUGAGCGCUUCAUCCACGAGGAUCAUCCUCCCGCCAUAACUGGUUACGCGACUGUGGAUGAUGGGAUGCCCCAUUUGAACAACUAUCAUUAUUAUAACAACAGUAACAAUAACAACAACGGCAACACCUCCGACACGGUAUGGCCCAGCACCGAGUGGCAUCAUGCUGAGGCUCAAGACUACCGAACCAUCGAAGCACCUCAGCCUUAUACACGGUAUCCCUCCAACCACGACGAGUGGGAGUGGCACGACAGAGAGGGAUUCCCGGCCCAUGUACUCCCUUCAUAUCAUUACUAA